AUGAGAAGACAUGGUUGUGCUCCCAAUGCAGUUGCAUAUACAAUCCUUCUUGAUGGCAUUUGUAAGUUAGGGAGUAUGGAGAUGGCAUUGGAAUUGUUAGGGAGAAAUGAAAAAGAAGGUGGGGAUUGUAGUCCUAAUGUUGUCAUGGAUACAUCUGUCAUUGAGAGUUUUUUCAAAAAGGGUAUGGAAGCAUCUAAGUUGAUUGAUAAAGUUGUUGGGGGUAGUGUUUCAUAUGGCGUUCGCUACAGUUCUCCAGUGGCGGCAUCGGUUAGGAUUAAAAGACUUAAGGAAGCAGAUAAACUCUUUUGGAAGAUUUUGGCUACUGGGGUGAAACUUGAUGGUCUAGCAUGUAGUGUGGUGGAUGGUUUUUACAUGUAA